UGCUCGACAUGUUCUCCAUCCGCUACGCUGCCUCUACGGCCAUGGCGCGCGCCGUGGCCACGGCUGCCACCUCGCGCACCCUCCUUGCCACUGCCCCUACCGGCCUCGGCGCCCGGACCAUCUUCAACUACGCGUACAAGGUGGCCAAGAAGGUGACGCCGAAGAUCUCCGAGACGGAGCGUGAUGCGCUGGAGGCCGGCACGGUCGGGUUUGACCAGGCGGUGUAUGCUGGCGAUACCAAGGCGUUUGACGUGGAUACGACGUACCGUGAGGUCAAGCUGACGGCUGCGGAACAGUCGUUUAUGGACAACGAGGUCAACACGCUGUGCAAGAUGAUCGACGACUACCAGGUCAACGAAGACAAGGACCUGCCUGUGGAGGUGUGGAACUACAUUCGGUCGAAGGGCUUCAUGGGCCUCUGCAUCUCGCCCGAGUUUGGCGGGCUCGGCUUUUCGCAGCACGCGCACGCGCUCAUCAUCGAGCGCAUUGCGACGCGAUCGGCGGCCGGAGCGGUCUCGGUCAUGGUGCCCAACUCGCUCGGCCCGGCCGAGCUGCUGCAGCACUUUGGCACUCAGGAGCAGAAGGACUUCUACCUGCCGCGCCUGGCCAAGGGUGUCGACAUCCCGUGCUUUGGCCUCACUGGCCCGACGUCGGGCUCGGACGCGGCAACGAUGCGCGACCGCGGCGUUGUGGUGGAGCGCGACGGCAAGCUCGGCAUUGUGGCAUCAUUUUCGAAGCGGUACAUCACGCUCGCGCCGGUGGCCUCGCUUGUCGGCCUCGCCAUCGACGUCACCGACCCGGACGGCCUGCUCACUGGCAUCAACGGGGCCAAGGAGGGCAUUUCUGUGGCGCUCCUCCCGCGGUCGCACCCGGGUCUCGAGAUGGGUCCGCGGCACGACCCGAUGGGCCUUGCGUUUAUGAACGGGACUGUCCAGGGCGAGGAGGUCUUCAUCCCGCUGGACAUGAUGAUGGGCGGGCCGGAGCGUGUCGGCUCGGGCUGGGCCAUGCUCAUGGCGCAGCUCUCGAUCGGCCGGUCGGUCUCGCUGGUGGGCGGCUCCGUUGCGGCGUCGACGUACGCGGCCAAUGUGGUGGGCGCAUACGCGCGGCUCCGCAAGCAGUUCAAGGUCCCUGUUGCGGAGCUUGAGGGCGUGAAGGAGCCGCUGGCGCGCAUCGCGUCGACGGCGUACACACUCAAGGCCGGGCAGACGUUCAUUGACUCUGUUCUGGAGAAUGGUGAGAAGCCGUCGGUCCUCUCUGCGGUGAUGAAGUACGAGUCGACGGAGCGGGCCUUUGCGGCGCUCUCGGACGCCAUGAACGUCCUCGCCGGCAAGGGCCUCAUUGCCGGGCCCAAGGCCGGGCUCUCGUUCGACACGGCGGUCAAGGCCGCGCACGUCGGACGGACCGUCGAGGGUGCGUCUAUCCUCGGCCGGUCGCUCAUCAUCUACGGCUCGGGCGUGGUGCGUGCGCACCCGCACAUGCUCCCGCUCAUUCAGUCGGUCAACCACGGUAACGACCCCGAGGGCUUCAAGUCGGCGCUGCUCUCGCUUGUCAAGCACGGUGUGACCAACACCUUUGGCUCGCUCCUCGCCAACGUCACGCGCAGCCGGUCCAAGUCGAACCUGACCUCGUACUACGAGUCGCAGCUGGGCAAGGCCGUCUCCAACUUUGCCAUUGCCGCCGACCUCACGCUCGCUCUCGGCGGCGCCCUCAAGCGCAAGGAAUUUGUCUCGGGCCGCAUGGCCGACGCCUUCUCCACCAUCUACCUCGCCCACGCCACGCUCUGGUACCACAAGCAGAACCGGGUCGAGGGCGGCGAGGUCAUCCUCGAGCACGCCAUGGACCAGCUGCUCUUUGAGUUCCAGGAGGCACUCACCGAGGUUGCCCGCAACUUCCCCAUGCGGCCGCUCGGCUGGGCCAUGCGCGCCCUGACCUUCCCCUUCGGCAAGCCGUACAAGCGCCCGUCGGACAAGCAGGUCGCCGCCGUCUCGUCGCUCAUCACGCACGACACCCCUGUCCGCCAGCUCCUCUCCAAGAACAUGUUUGUCGACUGGGACUCGGAGGAUGACCAGGUCUCGCUCCUCAACCGCAUGCUCGACAAGGCUGUUCGCGUCGAUGACAUCUACCGCGACGUCCGCAAGACCGGCCGCGCCCUCACCGACUCGGAGCAGGCCCUCGUCGACGAGGUCGAGGCUGCCCGCGAGCGCAUCAUCCAGGUCGACUCAUUCCACAAGCUCGGCAAGGAGAUCCACGAGGGCCCCGACUACGUCCGCCCGGCCCUCCGCCCGUACUCGGCCGAUGCUGCUGCCGAGGCCGUUCCGGCCGCCGCCGCCUCGUCGUCGGCCUGAUCGGUGCUUGACCCGGGCCGCACUCGUAUCUGACCUGCCUCACCUGCUUGACCUGUGCAUGGCUUGACUCUGUCCUCUCCCCUCCCUUCCCUUUCUCUCCAUCCCAAGCUCAUCACCAUCGUUGUUGUGGUAAACGUGCCGACGGACCGCCA